AUGUCGUUCGAAAAACCAAUCACAGAGACCGUCGAGCCCAUGUCGGCUAUUGACAGCCGCAAGCUCGAUGUGGCAGAGGUCAGAGUGGUCAAAGGUAGUGAGGCCUAUAACGAGGCACUCAUUGCCGAGAAACCUCCCAUAUUACACCCGACAUCACUCCGGCUCCUGCUGUGUGUGUUGCUUGGUUUCUUCUGUCAGACCAUGAAUGGGUUUGAUGGAUCGCUCUUUGGAGGCUUGACUGCGAACAAGACGUUUCUCGAAUUCUUCGAUGGCGCAAACAAGGGUUUAUGGGCUGGCCUUAUCUCGUCGAUGUAUCAGAUUGGAGGGGUCUGUGCACUUCCCUUUGUAGGACCAGCGAUAGACACCUGGGGCCGAAGGGCUGGUAUGUUCAUCGGCAGUAUUCUGAUCAUCCUUGGUGCUGUCAUCACGGGCACUACUAUCCACAACGCCAGCGUUCAUCAGUUCAUGGGUGGUCGUUUCCUGCUUGGCUUUGGUGUUUCCAUCGCCUCGGCUGCUGGGCCGAUCUAUGUCGUGGAGACAACACACCCAGCCUUUCGAGGCAUUGCAACCGCAUACUGUAACACCUUUUGGUUCACCGGCUCCAUCCUUUCGAGUGGGGCCAUUCGAGGCGGGCUUAAUUUGAGUGGGAAUAUCUCGUGGCAACUGCCCGUUUGGCUCCAACUCCUGUUCCCCGGUUUGAUUUGCAUGUUCUGUUUCCUCAUUCCCGAGUCUCCACGGUGGCUAUAUGUCAAUAACAAAAGAGAGAGUGCGGUUAACAUGCUAACCAAAUGGCAUGGAUACGGAAAUCGUGACAAUCCUUGGGUGAAGUUGCAACUAGAUGAGUAUGAGGAAUUCUUGAAUCUGGACGGCGGUGACAAACGCUGGUGGGAUUACCGUGCAUUGUUCAACAAACGAUCAAGUGUCUAUCGGCUAGCAUGUAAUUGCUGCUUCUCCAUCUUUGCACAAUGGGCAGGAAACGGCCCCCUGAGUUAUUUCCUCCCAGCUGUGUUGGAUACCGCCGGUUACACAGAAAGCAUCACACAGGCCAAUAUCUUACUGGGCUAUGCGGGCUUCCAGUUUUUCUUUGCGCUCCUGGGUGCUCGAUUUGUUGACCGCAUUGGGCGCCGGCCACUGAUGCUUUUUUCCAUGGCCGGUUGCUGUGUAGUCUGGAUCGCAGUUACAGCGUCCACUGGAAUAUUCGCAGGCUCGGGAAAGACGAACGACGACGCUGCCAGAUCGACAGUUGCGUUCAUUUUCCUGUUUGGAGCGGUCUACUCUUUCGGCAUUACGCCAUUGCAAGCGCUUUAUCCAGUUGAAGUCUUAUCAUUCGAAAUGAGAGCCAAGGGGAUGGCAUUUUCCAGUCUGGCAGUGAACGCUGGUGGUAUGUUGAAUCAGUUUGCGUGGCCCGUGGCCCUGGACGAUAUUGGUUGGAAGACCUACAUUGUGUUCAUUAUCUGGUGUGGGAUUCAGACGGUUGUUUGGUACUUCUUUCUUCCAGAGACUCGAAAGAGAACGUUGGAGGAACUCGACAAAAUCUUCGAGGCGCCAAAUCCUGUCAGGUUCUCUCUCAAGGCUCACAAACUUGCUAUCAAUCAUGACAACCAGGUUAUUGCUACUGACGAAGCCUAA